AUGUCGGAUCAGAUAGGUAUGCCUGUCUCGGAGGCUGAAGGGGCGAUCGUGGGAUUAUCAAAUGCUCAGACUUCGGUAUCCACGAUGCUCGCCACACAGGACACGGGAUACAAUCCUGCUCACCUACCGCAUCUGUCCAAUGAGUUGAAGAUGAUGAUACUGUCCCAACUCAGUCAAAAGGACUUGCUCCUGGGUGUUGCACAAACUUGCAAGGGACUGCAGGAGAUCUGCUACUUCCUUGGGUACAAGAAGGUCAAUAUCCAGUCUGGAUCAUCGACUCUGCUGUGGGGAGACGUAAACUGGGCGGCUCAUUCAGGCAUGGCACACAUUCGUCAUAUCGAAAUGCACUUGACUCGUCGCACGAAUCCAUUUUUAGCAGCUGCCGACGACAUCAUAUUGAGGGGCUUCGUGGAGUCUCUCCCAGUCAAUCUGCUUACUUUCCGGCUCCGAUCAUCAAACCAUGCCCCUCAAGGGAUCUCUGCCCCUUCAUUAAGAAGUUUGUCGCGAACACAAAGUCGCUUACAAGUUCUUGAGUUUCCAAUCUUCAACUAUGGAACUGGAGAGUCUGAUUUCGAUCGAAUAAUGACCACAUGCGAGCUUCCCGAGUUAGAGCGUCUGGCCUUGACCACUUGCUCAUUCCGCUCUGUGCUUAAUCUUUGGGGAUCAUCAAUCAUUAGAUUGCCAAAACUGCAGGAACUACACAUAACUAUCUCAUCAGUAUGCCAACACAGCUCCGUUUUCUGGCAUGGGCCUGGAUUGAACAUCGGAAAGCUUUCAUCGAUGAGCCCACUGAUCACUCGGCUCACCAUGCACGGCUUGAAGCUCAAUUGCCGUCUACGCCAGAAGCUUCCCUCUGUUCGCGUUGUUCAAUUCAUCGAAUGUGUCGAAAUUGAGGCGCUCUUCUCCCACAAGCAUAGCUGCCUGUUUCCCAACUUAACAGCGCUUAUGAUCAGGUCCGUUCAGGUCAUCUCCGUCAUCCCCCAGCAUCUAUGCACGAUAUCCCAAUUGAAGGAGUUAUACCUUGACCUCCCAGGAGUUUACAGUUCAUUCCUCGAACAUUUCAACAACGGUGCCAGUUCCUUGGAGUUACUUGUUUGGGGCCCGGCUGUGCAUCGAAUAGGAGCUGACAGAGUUCCUUUGCAAUUGUACGAUUGGAUCCCCUGUUGUCCUAGGAUAGCUUUCCUUGGGGUGGCUCUUCCGCACCCCCAUGUCUUGUGGAAUUCCAAUAUUCCCGGCGAUAUGCAACUCAAUUCAGAAGCGCUAAAGUCAAUUAGGGAUGCAGCAUCGCUAGAGGCCUUGUUCUGUCUAUGCCAUCUCGAUGCAGGGACAUACAACUAUGAUCGUCAGAAUCCAAUGCAUGCUGAUUUGGAGGGAUGGUUUCGUGGUGAAUGCCUCAUAUUCAACGCCGCACUUGGUGGAGAUUACUGCAUUACACCCUCACUGCAAUUCUUCACAAGCACUCAUUUGGUCAUGGAGCCUGCCUACUCUAAAAAGGUGCUUCCAUGGCCAUUUUUGCAAAACCAGACAAAGAAAAUUAUUGCUUUCAAACCAAGUCUGUUUACCAUCAAGGGAACAGAAUGGAAAACUCUUUUCUUACAAAAGUAUUCAGCGCGAAACCUGUUUUUCCUGGAAGAUUUUGCAGAUGCUAUGAUUCAGAAGAGUGUCGCGUACCAGAUCCAGGAUUUGCCAAGGUGA